UAGCUAGUCGGUGUAAAAGUGCGGGUUAGUGUGGUUGCUCAGCAAAAUUGGACGACUAACGUCGGAGCUGGGAGCCGAGUCAUAGCAGGUGGAAACGGAGAACAGUACGGUCGUGUCAGCUGCUGGGUGGAGUCUCAGCCAUGGCAGGGCCUCGUCUGGCCGUCACCAUCGUCCUCCUGUGGAUACUGACUCUGACUGAAUGCCAAGACACACCUGUUACCUGCCUCUUCUCUGAGGCCUGUGUGCUGCCGUGCAGCUUCAAACGCUCGAGGAAUGAAGACUCGAAUGAAGAAGUCAUUUACUGGCAUAAAGUGGUUGGCCAGGGAGUCACUGUCCACUGCUACCAUGGCGCUGAUCAGCUAGAGGACCAAGACGGGCGCUACAAAGGACGGACCUCUCUCUUUAAGGACCUGAUCUCCCACGGCAACGCAUCCCUGCUGCUACAGAACACCAGCAUUCAGGACCAGGGCAGAUACAGCUGUCAAACCCUGAACCAGAGGUCCUUUGUAAACGUGACAGUGGAGGCUCCCAUCAAAUCAGUGAGCAUGGAGAGGACCAGAGAGGGAGUGGCCUGCAUGUCCCAGGGCAUCUACCCCACCCCUCGCGUUUCCUGGUCCACUGAUCCACCCACACCAUCAGGAACCCUGCAGGACUCCAGCCAGCUGACUGCAGAUGCCCAGGGACUGUUCUCAGUGAGCAGCACAGUGAGGAUGCUGGGAAAUCUUUAUGGCCACGCCUACAUCUGCUCCGUGUCCAAAGAGGACGGGAGCGGGGAGUGGAGGGCCUCGUUCAGACAGCAAGAGGACAUCCAUGGAGAAGUGGGCCAAACCCUGGCCAUCCCCUGCCCUGCACCAAAGCCCAGCCUCCAGAACUUCACUCAGACCUGGACCUUCAUGGGACAAACCCCGCCCAUCCUCACACACAACAGCGGCACCUCACACCGGCAUAUCUCAGACCUGUGGAAGAACCGGGUUCAGGACCUUUUAGAAAACGGGUCACUCCUGAUCCAGAACCCGGAGGGCCAGAACCUCACAGGAACGUACACCUGCAAGGUGUUAGCCGACCGGACCCUGCAGCUGGUGCAGACAUAUGUCAGAUUUACAGGUGCAGAUAAGCAUUCUGGGAGAUUCAGACACUCAGGUGAAGAGAUCAUUCAGUGGCAAACACUGGCUGGACGGGACGUCAUCACUGUCCACAGCUACUACCAUGGCAACGAUCAGCUAGAGGACCAAGACAGGCGCUACAAAGGACGGACCUCUCUCUUUAAGGACCUGAUCUCUCACGGCAACGCAUCCCUGCUGCUACAGAGCACCAGCAUUCAGGACCAGGGCAGAUACAGCUGUCAAACCCUGAACCAGAGGUCCUUUGUGAACGUGACAGUGGAGGGGGACAUCCAUGGAGAAGUGGGCCAAACCCUGGCCAUCCCCUGCCCUGCACCAAAGCCCAGCCUCCAGAACUUCACUCAGACCUGGACCUUCAUGGGACAAACCCCGCCCAUCCUCACACACAACAGCUGCACCUCACACCGGCAUAUCUCAGACCUGUGGAAGAACCGGGUUCAGGACCUUUUAGAAAACGGGUCGCUCCUGAUCCAGAACCCAGAGGGCCAGAACCUCACAGGAACGUACACCUGCAAGGUGUUAGCCGACCGGACCCUGCAGCUGGUGCAGACAUAUGUGAUGGCAGAGGAAAAGGAAGAGAACAUAGAGGAGUGGAGUUUCUCCCUCUGGGGAGAAGAAAAUAAAGGAGUGAAGGAUCAUCUUCUCGAUGUAGCCAAUCCUUGA